GAAAUUUAUAUCAAGGCUUCCGGAUAAAGGUAAGAAGAUCUCUGCUUUUGCAGAGAAACUGAAGGUGGCGAUAACCCAAAAGGAGGAGGAAAGGAAAAGAACUGAGUUCUUGUCCACGGUUAGACUUGCGUUCCAGAAAAGACAAGAGGGGCUUGACCCCAGCCAAUGCGGGAAUGCUGCCGGCGAGGACAACCCGGCCGGGGAAGAUGCGCCUCGGACUCCUGCCGCUUGUGCCAGCGAGGCCCUUGGGGUGGCUGUGCAAAACCAGCCAAGCAUUUGGGCCACAAAAACGAGGGCACAAAACGAGCCAGAACCAGCACAGCAGGUCCGCAGGGACUCUGACCCUCCUCCAGGGAAGGAGAGUGUUUCCGAGGCAUCGGCCCCCUCGGGGUUUCUGCGCCACAAUCCGCACAUGUCCGCGGGCAGAAGCAGCGAGGCUCUGGCAGAGGCCUUGGAAAGGAUUUCAGUCGGGGGGAGGGAGCUUGAGGAAUCCUCCGGGAAGGAGCCGGACGCCGAGUCCAGAGAGAACCCUUUUCAGGGCCUUCCCCAACAGACACCCACGACGCCACACUACAUUGAAGUGCUGGAAAGGAGAGCUAAGAACCCCGUGAGGAAAAAGAGCGCCUUCAAGCCCAACAG